AAGGGGGCAGCAGUACACCAAAACCUCUGUCGCCUGCUUGGAUCAAGGGAAGAAGACAACCUACUAGAAUUGUUCUGCUAACGUUGCUAACAGGACGAAGUCGUCAAAUCUCAACAUGGCCACACCAGUUCCUGUGCUUCGCCUACCGAAAGGUCCGGACCCGAACAGCCGAGGGUUCGACCCAAACUCUCCUCGCUUUAUCGCUCUGUGCCGCACGUCCAUCCCCACGUCAGCCGCGGCGGAGUCGGACCCCCAGCAGCUGCAGGAGGAGCAGCAUGCGCGCUCGGUGCUGAGAGAGAGCUUCCUGCGCUGUCUGCUCGCCAUGUCCAACAAGAAGGUUCGGUUCCACAUGCACGAGAAGGUGAAUGUCGAGGCCACGUUUGGGGCGUCGGACAUCGACGUGCUGAACUUUCAGGUGUCUGACCUGCACACUCCCAUCGGGGUGCAGAAAGAGGCCCUCAUCAGAAGUCAGGAUGUCAUUUCAUUUACAUUUGACGUAUGACACUUUUCUAUGUUUUGAUCUAAGCAACGGUCUUCUCACUUCAGGAUGAUAUUGUUGUACAGUAUCUUUACAAAAGUGUAAGAUUCAUAUUCAGAUCUUGCAUCCACAAACUGUUUAAGUGCCACCACAAGAGGGAGCCAUUUGUUCGUCAUGGACAAAGUGUUUGGCAUUUUUUACACCUUUUGAUCAGAAACCAAGCUGAACCUGAUGCUGCCUGCUGGGAGUUUGAUAGUAUUGCAGUUUUAUUCAGUUUGAUUCUCAGUCCUUCAGUUGCCAUCUGCUUCCUGACAUGUUGCCUGAUAUUAACAGUAUGCGCUGUUAAUAUCAGGCAUACUGAUAUGUAUUCCUGAUAUACGUAUCAGGCAUACAUAUGAUAUGUAUGUAUGAGCCUCCCAUUUAAGAGGGAGGCUCCAUUUAAGAGCCUCCCUCUUAAAUGGAGCCUCCCUCCAUUUAAGAGUUAGGUGACAUGUAUAUCAACAUGUCACUUAAAUGGAGACAUUUCCAUCGUCUUCUGAUGUGCAACAAGUGUUUUUUGUUGUUGUUUAUAUUUCUCAUUCUUUCUACAUUCAUGUUUUUGUAUUUACCCAUUUUUGUAUUU